CGCGGUGGCUGCCGGGAAGCGCCGCGGCGAAUGGUCGCGCCGGGCUCCGCUCUGAGUGACCUUUCACCCGCGUCCAGCGCUCCCGGGCGGCGGCACCAGGCGGAAGCCAUGGCGGAGGCGGCGGCCGCAGCUACAGCGGGCGGGACCGGCGCGAGCUCGGGCUCCGCGGCGGACCCGGACCCCGACCCGGACUUGGGUCGCGCGGGGCGGAGGCUGCGAGUGCUCUCGGGCCAUCUGCUGGGCCGGCCCCAAGAGGCUGUAAGUGCCAAUGAGUGCAAGGCGCGGAGAGCCGCGGCGGCGGCCCCGGCGUCGCCCACGGCCACUCCCGCCGCGCUGGAGACUGGCUCCAUCCCGAAGAAGCGGCAAGAAGUUAUGAAAUGGAAUGGAUGGGGAUAUAAUGAUUCUAAGUUCUUCCUCAAUAAGAAGGGCCAGGUUGAAUUAGCUGGGAAAAGGUACCCUCUUAGUGGCAUGGUUUUACCAUCUUUUAGAGAAUGGGUCCAGACUAACCUUGGAAUAUAUUGGGAACAUAGAACUACCUCUAAAGCAUCUUUGAAUCCUAGUGAUGCACCUCCAUCUAUUGUAAAUGAAGAUUUUCUUUAUGAACUUAAAGAAACCAAUAUUUCAUAUUCACAAGAGGCAGAUGACCGAGUAUUUAGAGCUCAUGGUCAUUGUCUUCAUGAAAUAUUUUUGCUCAGGGAAGGAAUGCUUCAACGAAUUCCUGAUAUAGUUGUAUGGCCAAUGUGUCAUGAUGAUGUAGUUAAGAUUGUGAAUCUAGCAUGCAAAUAUAACCUUUGUAUCAUACCAAUUGGUGGAGGAACAAGUGUUUCAUAUGGCCUAAUGUGUCCUGCAGAUGAGACAAGAACAAUAAUUUCUUUGGAUACUUCACAAAUGAAUCGAAUUCUGUGGGUAGAUGAGAACAAUCUGACAGCUCAUGUAGAGGCUGGCAUAACAGGACAAGAAUUAGAAAGACAGCUUAAAGAAAGUGGUUAUUGUACAGGUCAUGAACCGGACUCCCUGGAAUUCAGCACUAUGGGAGGAUGGAUAUCUACCCGGGCAUCAGGCAUGAAGAAGAAUAUCUAUGGCAAUAUUGAGGACCUGGUGAUUCAUAUGAAAGUGGUCACACCUAGAGGUAUAAUAGAAAAAAGCUCUCAAGGACCUCGUAUGUCAACAGGCCCUGAUAUCCAUCACUUCAUCAUGGGAUCUGAAGGAACUCUUGGUGUAAUAACAGAAGCUACAGUAAAAAUCAGACCAGUCCCUGAAUACCAAAAGUAUGGCUCGGUAGCGUUCCCUAAUUUUGAACAAGGAGUAGCUUGUUUAAGAGAAAUUGCAAAACAGAGAUGUGCUCCUGCAUCUAUUCGUCUCAUGGACAACCAGCAGUUUCAGUUUGGUCAUGCUCUUAAACCUCAAGUUUCCUCUAUUUUUACAUCAUUUUUAGAUGGGCUAAAAAAGUUUUAUAUUACAAAGUUUAAAGGAUUUGAUCCCAAUCAAAUAAGUGUCGCCACAUUACUGUUUGAAGGAGACCGUGAAAAGGUUCUUCAACAUGAGAAACAAGUAUAUGACAUUGCUGCAAAAUUUGGUGGACUGGCAGCUGGAGAAGAUAAUGGGCAAAGAGGUUAUCUGCUGACCUAUGUCAUUGCAUAUAUUCGAGACUUGGGUUUGGAAUAUUACGUAGUAGGAGAGUCUUUUGAGACUUCUGCUCCUUGGGACAGAGUUGUAGAUCUUUGUAGAAAUGUAAAAGAAAGAAUAAGAAGGGAAUGCAAAGAGAAAGGUGUUCAGUUUCCACCUCUUUCUACAUGCAGGGUAACACAGACAUAUGAUGCAGGUGCAUGUAUCUACUUCUAUUUUGCCUUUAACUACAGAGGAAUUAGUGACCCACUGACGGUGUUUGAACAAACGGAGGCAGCUGCUAGAGAAGAAAUCCUUGCGAAUGGAGGGAGCCUGUCACAUCACCAUGGAGUGGGCAAGUUACGGAAGCAGUGGCUAAAGGAAAGCAUUUCUGAUGUCGGCUUUGGGAUGCUGAAAUCUGUCAAGGAAUAUGUGGACCCCAGUAACAUCUUUGGAAACAGAAACCUUUUAUAAGUCCAUUAACAUCAUUAUAAAAAAAUAAUACUUUUUAUUUAAGUAUUCAUCUAUGGUUAUACCAGUAAUCAAAUAUAUCAUGGACUGUAUUCAGCUAUAUUUGUUUGUUAGUUUAAAAUGUUUGUAUUCGUUCUGUACUUUGUUUUGUUUCUACACUUAUGGGUUGACAGAUGGUAUUCCUCAAUCUCUGUCACUGUAGGUAUAUCAGCUUACAUCCAAUUGUUUGUUGUUGUAAAUUUUAGUCUGGCAGCCCAAGGCUGCAAGUUAUUUUAGAGAAAGGUGCUGCCAGCUGUCUAGAAAGGCAGAUUUGGGUACCAUCUAUUGUUUUAGCCUUUUAUUAAAAAUGCACAUUACUAGGAAGCAGUUACCUAAGGAAAGAUUCCCCUGGGGAGUGAUCUAUGUAUAUGUUUUUAAGAACAUAUUCGACUGGGAGUAGACCAUUGAGGGAGUACAUUCAUGAAUGAACAUAGGCAACCUAUUGGGAUGCCAUCUUCUGUAAGUUGGUUGGUUUACAGUUUUCUUUGAAAUUACAACAUAGUUACAAAACCUUAAAUCACCAGUAUGCAAAUUAUUCUAUGAGAGGACCUAUUUGUUCUCCAUGUUUCUGUUUAAGUUGUGUUUAUAUCACGGAUAUAUAUUCUAGAUUGUGUUUGGUGAGAAAAGCUGAUGUACCAUUCAUUGUAAGUGAAGAACAGGCUUCUGUGAAAUGAAGGCCUUUAUCCUCCCUAGCGUUCUGAUAUUUCUGCUGUUGCAUGCUUGUUGCUGUGCUGCAGAGGAAGCUGCAACAGGAGCAGAACAAAGAUCCUGACCCUAUGUGACAAGUUGAAAGAAUUUGUUUGGCUAACGAAAGUCAUCAUUUGGCUCUUGAAUUUGAAAGCCUCAGCGAUUUCAACGACGAAAGACCUUUUUUUUAAAAAAAAAUUAACCUAAAUAGCAUGAUAAAUUUUCAUAUAAAAGUAACAUUUCAAUUUUGUUCUUAAUAAAGGUUUAAUGCCUUUUAUGAAUUACUGGUUUAGCCUAAAUUUUAAAAAAAUGUAUUAAUGCACAUGCCAUAAUCAAAAGUUUAGAAUAUCCUGUUUCUUAAAUUAUAAAAACAUUAAUCACAUUUAGCAAACAUUUUUACAUUCAACCUGAUAUUUAAAAAAAAAAGUGAAAUGAUUAAAUCACCGUCAAGCUUCAUGAUUCACAUUUGGAGAUGGAUUCUUUUCUUAAUGCAAUACCAAACUUUUGAUAAUUUUUUAAAAUUAAUAUUUAAUCAGAUAAUGUAUGUGAAAAUGCAGACGAUCCUUUAAAAGGACUCACUGUCUGUGUAUGUAGCAACAGCUCCAAAGUAUUUUUGGGCAGUUUGAUACCUUUUAUAUCUGAAAUAGCCUUAACCAGAAAAGUAAAAUUUGAAAUUGACAAAAUGUUAUUUUUAAGACUUCAAAAUUAUGAAUAAUUUUUAACUAUUAAAAUUGGCCACAAACUAACAAAACUUAAACCUGUAGGCAAAUCAAAAUGAUUAGUUUAACAACAAAAACUGAAUAUUUACUUUUUAGAACUUGUGUCUCUUUGUUGGUGAUUUAGUUUGAAUUAUCAAAUUUCCAACCAAUAUUUGCUUAAUCCCUUGAUUGUUUGAAAUAGUUGGACACUUAAUAAGAAAAUGCCUCUGGAAUUAUAAGAUCUUCAGUUUCAUAAAAUGCAUCUGUUCAUUAAGGUGAUUUCUAAUUGGUGAUCAAAAUGUAAAAUUUACUAAGGUACUAAUAUCUCACUGAUUGUGUGUAUUCAUGUUACUAAAUAAUGUUUUAAUAAAACAGAUUUAUUAUUAGAUCCA